AAUCAAUAACAUUUAGUAUACGUAAUUAUAUGCAUAUGUGACAUGCCUAUAUCUCUUCAUUUGUGAAAAUGCAAAAAAGGUGUAACACGGUUGACUAAGAAAGCAUUUAACAAUUAUUUCAGUAUAUUACUUAUUCACACUUUUUAACCCAGCCAAUCAAAAUCCAGUUUGCUUGCCUGACGAGGUCGAAUAACUCUGAUUGGUUGUUGUACUGUGCUGAAGUUGACGAUGGGUCCAUUUUAGAUAUUUGUUAAGCCUACGCAUAAAACAGUUGUAAACUUUAACUACAGACAUUGAGUGACCGAUUGUUGGACACAGAAAACGAUUGGUAUCCAUUAUUACACAAGAAAGGCGUCAGUAAUAAUACUAAUGUCGUUACAAUUGCCUAUCAUAUCAGAGAAGGGGGCUUAUGUACUGAGUUUGCAGUAAAUGCGUAGAUAACUGAGAAAGAGAAAAAAAAGAAAGAACAGAAGCACAAUCAGGCCAGAUAUUAACUACUGGUUGAUUAUUUAUCAAUUAACAUGACAGAGAAUGCACCACCAAUGUUGUUGAAUGAAGCCCACUUUCUCAUUGGACAAAACGCUCUUAAAAAUAUACAGCUGAACAAUACUGAUGACGAUAAUGACAUUGUUGCUGUUGUAGAUGGUGAAAAUUAUCCUAAUGACAAUAAUAUCAUUGAUAACUGUGAUAAUGAUGAAGAGAUGCAUCACGAUUUGAGUACAGUACUUGAAACUGAUUCACAUAGUAUGGAAUCGGGUAAAACUGUUAGUGUAUCUAUACCAAUGAGAAAGAAAAUAGUGACAAAUUCUAACGGUGUUAUUCACAUCUACCGUAGUAACGAUUUGUAUGAUAAUAAUUCCUCAAAUAUGAAUGAUUACUACAAUCAUAUGGGUGGUGAUAACGAUGAAAUUACUGACGACGUUGAUGAUGAUAUUGGUGUUGGUGACGGACAGUCAACUAAUGAACUUGAUAUAACCGAUGAAUCCUUAUCCUAUAAUACUCCUUACCAAGGACCACAAGUCAAUAUUUCAUUAAGAAGAGACAAUCAGAUGAUUGAUGCACCAUAUAAACGACCUAAUAAGAGUCAUACAUUAUCGAAUAAUACAAACUGGAAAGUGUUAAAACCUCAGAAAUCAAAAGAAUAUGUCCUAUCAGUAUCACCUCGUCAAACAUUGCCAAGAAGUUUACAACCAUUUACUCGUGGUAACUAUACGGUAAAACAUGAGCACUCACAUAUGAAUGGAAUCAAUAGUAAUGGCAAUAACGGUGGUGGCGUGGGCGGCAGUGGUGGUCCCUUUGAAUAUUGGACUAUCCCAAGAAAUUCACAACCGCAUUAUAAAUUAAGAAAUUCAGACAACUCUGGGUUUUAUAUGCCAGGAAGUUUAUUUCUCCAUGAAAAAACUCAACCACGUUCACGUCGUAAAGGACAUAAAAAUGUUAGAGAAAGAAGUGAAGCUUUGCUUAGCGAAUCAGGCCAUAGUGGUAGCAAGCAUCAUAAUCGGCGUAUAUCUUCAAAAGUUGUCGAUAAGACUGGAAGUAUUAAUGCCAAUAAUAACAGUAACAAUCAUCCUCUUAAUCCCCACGAGAAUGAUGUAGUAAAUAUGACUGAUGCAGAGAAGCGCAGAAGCGAGCUGAAAGUGUACUUUCGGUUCUCCCGUGGAACUUUAAAUGAUCCCUUCACUUAUGAUUAUUACAAAAACAAAGAACUUUUAGUACAACUUCAAGCCCGUUGCAGAGGGUGGAUUUCUAGGAAUAAAUCUUCUCGACAAAAGAGUGAAGAAGAUGCAGUGAGGUGCAUUCAGAAAAACGCAAAUGUUAUGUUUGAUCCUUGGUUCCGUUUAAUGCUGGCAUUGAAACCAUUAAUUCGUACACAUCGUACAGAAGAAGAGUUAUUAUUCCUUCGAAGUGAACUCGAAAGGUAUAAAGCAUUGGUUCGUAUGCUACGUUUUGAAAAUGCUGAAUAUCAAGCAAGGGUCGCUAAUUUACUACAACUGCUGGAACAAAUGAGUACAAAUGUCUCAAAUACAUCUACUGUUCAGAGUUUAGUUCAACAGAUCUCUGAAGCUUUGAGUAAAAACCAAGAGUUUUGGCAGUCUUUAGCCACAGAUAACAAGGCUUUGAAUACUUUGGCUCCACAAAAGUCUGCUAAUCUUCUCGAAGUGGAACAAGCUCCGACUAAUCCUGAAGCAUCCCCAAUGACUAAGUUAAGACAAGAUGCUGAAUUCUAUCGAGAUCAAGUUGAGUUACUACGUGAAGAGGCAGAUGAACAACAGUUGCGCUCCGCUGAACACUACAGAAAUCAAGUUCGUGUUCUCAGUGAACGAGUUGAACAGUUACAACAUGUUUUAGCCUUGGAAUCAAGUAAAGUGGAACGUUUAAGUUCUGAGCUGGAAGAGAGAAAUACUUCAGAAACUGAGUCGAAAGCUUAUGUACGCAAUCUUGAAGUUAUGGUGAAUCAGUUGAGUAAACAGCUAGAACAAAGAAGUAAACUAAUGUCACACGGAGAGGGGAAUGAUGAAAAUCAAGAAAAUCAAACUGAUAUAAAAGAUGCAAAGACAAAAGAAUUAAUUACUGAGCUCCAAAAUGAGCUUACUACACAUCGUGACUUGGUCCUUAAGCUCAGGGAAUAUUUGUCAUCUCAUCCUGAAAUGUCGUCUCAACUUGACAGUGGUACACAUGGGGCUCUGGAAUUACUAAAUUCUCCAGUUAUGAUUGACAAGACAACUUUGAACCAUCAACAAAACCAGCAUUUCUUCGGAUCUUCCAGAACUCAGUCUCGAGAAGAAGUGAAUGAUCUAACCCCAAGGAGUAAUGCAUCAAAUCAACUGGUUGAAAUGAAAAGACAACUUGAAUUUUUACAGAAGCAGUUGAUCGAAUCUGAAGACACCGUUAAACAGGAGGCAGAAAACAGGGAGGAAUUAGAAGCUGAGAACUUCAGUCUAUACGAUAAAAUUUCUAUACUGGAUAGACAGUUACGUCAUAUACAGGACGAAUACGAUGAUCUUGUAAAGAAAGAAAUGGUAAACCAACGUGCGUUGAAAGAAGUUCAUGAACUUUUGGACGAUGAAUCAAGAAAGUGUACAAAACUUGAACAACAGAAUAAGGAACUUGAACAACAGUUAGCAGAACUGCGUGAAUACGAUGAACCAGAAGAAGAUAUAGUAGCAAAGGAAUGGGAAUCAAUGAAAUCAAAACUACGAGCCGAUGCUAUGUUCUACAAGCGUAGUUUGGAUCAGCUUCGAGAAGAAUACGAACAGUAUCGCAUCGAUAAUGAUCCUGUUGCAAUGCAAAGACAAUUGACAGAAAAAGAGGAAAAGCUGAAUUUAUUGGAAAAAGAAAAACAACAAUGGCGUAUGGAAUUGGAUAUACAAAAUGUGAAAUUACAGAAUGCCACUUCACUAUUAGAAGAUACUGAAUUACGUUUGAAAAUGUUGAACAGAGAACGAACAGCCCAAAUGCAUCGUAUGUCACAACUUGAAACAGAACGUGAUGAACUAAUUCGACAAACAGCAACUAUUACAGGUCGUGCAGCGGCUGACAGAGAGAUGGCUGCUGCUAAAUUACGUGAAAUGGAUGAAUUACGCUCAGAAAGAGAUAUGCUUCGAAAGGAAUUAACAGAAUGUAAACAAGCACUUGCUGGUAGUACAGCAGAAAAUUCAGCUGAACGACGUCAACUUCAGGCACGUUUACGUGAAAUAGAAAUGCACAAUGAAGCACGUAUCGCAGAUAUUAAAGGGGAACUGGAACGAGUACGGGAAGAGCUGGAACAGACACAGGUUGAAUUACAAACAACUCAAGCAUCAGAAAUGGAAUUACGAAGUACAAAUCAACACCAAAAAUGGAAAAUUCAUGAACUAGAAGAUCAAGUUAUUCAUUACACUUGUCGUAUUUCUGGUUUAGAACGUCGUAGUAUAGAUUUAGACGCUGAACUGAUACGUGCAAAAGCAGAUUUAAGUGCUUCACGUGAAACAGCAUCAUUAAGGCGUGCAUCGAAAACUCGUAUGGCAGACGAAUGGUUAAAUUUACUAAAUAUUCCAAGUGGACAAGAAGAUACUGAUGACGAGGAUGAAGAUGAAGAUCGUCAAAAAAAAAUUGUCAUGUUUAUAAGACGAAGUAGGCAAGAUGUAAAUGACAACAGUGGUGAAUUAUUAAGGCAAAGAAUAAGAAUAGGUCAAUCUGAAAGUGAUCUAUUGAAAGAUGAGUCUGUAAUGUAUCAGUCAAAUCCAAAUUUAAAGAAUUCAAGAUAUCGAUCUGAAAGUUUAUUAUCAGCUGUUGAUCAACGUCAACGUAGAUUACCACCAAUUCAUUCAGAUGGUCAUUUAAACAACAAAAUAAAUAGAUCAACAUCGAAUUUUAAGUCUAAUGGAAUGAAUUCAUUAAAAACUGUAGAACAAAAUGAUUUUAAAGAGAAUGAUACUAAAAAUAAUGAAAAAGAUAUAAAUAAGGAUAAUGAAGCAGAAAACAGUCAUAUCUAAAAGUUUGUUUUUCAAAAACAAUACACUAAAAUCUCAUCUAUCACAAUCUGUAUGUAUAUAUAUAUCAAUAAUAUACAAGUAAAUAAUACUAUAAUACUAUGAAUAACAUCAUUGAAAUCUAUCAACCUAUCAAUGAAAACUGAAUCUUCGAAACAAAUUUCAAAUGAAAAAUUGGAAAUUAUUCAACACAUUUCACAAUUGUUUCAUAUCUAUACAGUAGAAUCAAUUGGUAUUUGUAAAAAAAAUGGUUUGUUUUAUCAAACUGUUUCAAAUUAUGUUGAAAUUUUAAUUUCAAUGCCCUUACUUUAUUCAACAUAACCAAUGACUGAACACAUCUCUGUGCUUUACAUAAUUAUGUUCACAUUCAUAUAUAUAUAUAUAUAUAUAUAUAUAUAUAUAUAUAUAUAUAUAUAUAUAUAUAUAUAUAUAUAUAUAAUAUGUAUCAGAUAUUCGUUAUCUCCGUAUUGUAUUUUAUCUCUGUGACAAAAAAAACUAUCAUAGUUUACACUACUGAAAAAUAUUCUUUUUCAUUGUAUCUCCAUCUUUACAUGUACCGGCGAUUCGGCAUCUAUAUGUCAACAAUCAAUCAGUUAACUGAAUGUCAGUGGGAUAAUGAAUUCUGUAGACAAGAAUAAACUAUUUGUUUUUAUAACGAGCGUUCUUUAUUAUUAUGAUUUAUUACUUUACACCAACCGCGGUUUAUAGUUGAAUGAAUCAUUGAUUAAGUUGAAAAAUAAAAACAAAUAAUAUUUUUAUGUUUUUGCUUAUAUUCUGCUCAACUAUGUUUCAUUGAAGCACAGAAGUUUUGAAAAAUAUGUUAUCGUUUAAAUCUGAACUGCAAGUUGUUUAUAAAUAACAGGCGAUUAUUCACUUUAUUCGAUUUUAAUGGUGAUGAUAAUAAUAAUAGUAAUCACUACAGACAAACUUCCAAUAUAUUCAAUAACAUUAUAUUCCAAUCAUAGGUACACACUAGACUUGAGUACAAUGAAACAUUCUGGAAGGUUGAGGGGUUUUGCAGACUUAAUCAAUUAAAA